AUGGUUAAUUUGCUAUGCAUUGAUGAUAUCAAGCCAAGAAUGAAGGGAUGGUCAGCCCAUGUAACUGUUGAGGAAAAGAUUCAUGUGGCUACCUCCAAGCAUUCUCCCACCAGAUAUCAAAAAGUUGUGCUUGCUGAUUCAAAGGGAUCAAGAGUUGAGGGAAUAAUGUUCAAUACUGCUGUCGAAAAGAUGGGACCAAAAUUCCAUGUUUUCAAAAAGUAUCUUAUAUCAAAUGCUGAUGUUAGAGAAAUUGAGGAAAAGUAUCAGACUAAUGGUCUUACAAUUCAAUGGCUGAUAAGUACACGAACUGUUGUUGAAGAAUUAGAUGAACAAGCAACUGAUCUUUUACCGUCUCAGUUUACUGCUGCGAGCUUUAAAGACUUGCCCCUUUAUGCUGAUUCGAAAUCUCAUGCUGUUGACAUUAUGGCAGUAGUUGUUGAUUCAAUGCCUGUUGUACCAAUUAAAAAAGACUUAAAGGAGUCAUUUGUGCAGAGAUUUCUCAUUGUGAAUGAAGAGAUGAUUCCUACUGUGUUAUCUCUGUGGAAUGCAUUUGUUGAGAAUGAAGGCAAGCUAAUUACUGAUCAAAGCAACAAGCAUCCAGUCAUUUUAUGUCGUAGGCUUAAAGUUGUUACUUACAACGGAAUAUCACUCUCAACAAGGAAUGAUUCGGUUGUUAUUGUUGAUCCACCUAUAAGAGAUGCAAGAACGUUGAAAAAUUGGGCAUGCAGAAAUGAAAAGGAACUGCUUGUUGUCAGCAAUGAGAAACCAUAUACUAACCAGUCUCCUAAAAUGUUUUAUGGCCCCCAACACAAACUAAGUACUAUAACAGAUGUUCUUCCAACGGAAAAGGUUUCCUGGGUCAAGUGUAUGUUUUCUUUUGAGCACAUCUUACAAAAAUAUUACUAUAUGGCAUGUGUGAAAUGCCGACGGCUAACUGAUGCUGACUAUGGAUGCACCUACACCUGCAACCAUUGCAAUGAAAAGCAAUGUCGUUUUGAUAUUGACCUUACUGAUCACACUGACACGAUAACUGCAUCCAUUUUCGGUGAACAAGCUGAGACUUUGCUUGGAUUUACUGCCUUACAAGCAAUGGAUUACUUCAAUAGGAAUGAGGAGCUACCAUUAAACAAACUCCAUGAAGAAUUAAAGAGUAAGAUGUUCAUAGUGCAGCUCAAACCAGGGAACACAAAAAAUGAUGGAUCAUACCAGCGUUACACUGUUGCAUACUAUUUUGAAGACAAUGCUGAAAAUACCUCAUUCAGAUGCCAAUCACCUGUCGCCUCAAAAGUUCAGAACAGUGCCCCUGAAAGCACAGCCUCUGCGCAUUUAUCUCCAGAAAAAACAGAGUCAUCAUCGAAAACACGCCGCUCUCUUCUCGAAACAUUUAGUGGAUCUGAAGAAUCUGCUGCAAAGAAGAAGCGAAGCAAAUGA